ACUUCGUACAACUAAUAAAUACUAAUUCCAUGGAAUCUUCAUAUCAAAAACCUUGACUUGACCUUUCGUGCACAAACAUAAAUGAUAAAACUGAACAAAACUUGACAUCUUAAGUCGAGUAUUCUUCGUCUUCAAAUACAGUUGAGAUGUGUAUUUGUACUAAUGAAAUAAAUAUGUAAUAUUCGUAAUAUUGAUCCAAUUAAAUUUUUACUCGAAAAGUAAAUAAUUUAUUUACUUACUGAAUUUAUAUAUUUAAUGACAUAAAAUUCAGUUUAUUAUUUAUUAUCUUCUAUAUUGGCUACAUAUAGUGCAAAUUUAAUAAUCUAGCUACAUAAAAUGGUGCGGUUGACGAAGGAACAGAAGGAGUUUUAUAAGAAGAAUGGUUACAUCCUUCUGAAGAACUUGGUGUGCGAUGAAGAGUUAGACCGGAUAUCGGAGGAAUAUGACGAACUGUUCCAAAGGAAGAACCAGGAGAAGAUGGAGAGCUCCUGGGUGGGAAGCGACGCCAAUGACAGGAAGAGCGACAGUGCGUUUACGGUAAAAGGCAUCCAUAACUUACAAUACCAUAGUGCAUUGUUUGGGGAGUUUUUGUUCAACAAGAGCCUUCUGGACGCCUUGGAAGAUAUUAUGGAAACGAAGAACAUAGUACUGCAUCACACUAAGGCGCAUUACAAGCCGCCCGAAAAAGGGGCUGCCUAUCCGAUGCACCAGGACUAUCAUUAUUUUCCGUAUAAGAAUGACUCCAUGGUCGCAGCGUUUCUGCACCUAGAUGCAGCUAAUCCGGACAAUGGGGGGUUGUUCGUGUACCCAGGCUCUCACAAGCUGGGGCCUUUGGAAGACUUUGGAGCCAAGGAGGGGGAAUUCCAUUUCGUUGACCAGACAAAAUUCCCCCUAGAAAAGGCGACGCCCGUGAUCGCAGAAAGGGGAGAUGUGGUGGUUUUCUCUUAUUUACUGGUGCACGGCAGCUCCGUGAACAACUCGAGCAAUCGCCGUCGGAUGCUGCUGGCGCAGCUGGCCGACGCCCAGGACUCGCCGCUCGGGGCGCAGCCGGCGCGGCCCGGCCAGGGCUGGCUGCUGCGCGGCCGCAAUAUCGACAGGGAUGCCAGCAUCGCCAACAGAAAUUGUCGAAUUACUUUUGCCUGGUGCUUAGAGCUUGCCGAUUGUGGGUAAUGAACCUGCAGGGUGAUUCGAGAUCGAGAGAAGCCUUGAUGACCCUUUUUGCGAGUCGCGCCGCCAUUCGCCCGCAGGAAAUGAGAAUUAUGGACAGUCGCAUUCACACGAUAAUGUGGAAAUUCAUUUUACAUUCCUUAACUUUUAUAGGUGAAUAAUGUAAUUUAACAUUUACUGAUUUAUGUCUGAACUAAAUGU